AUUCUUAUCUUUUACACUCCUGGCACUGAGCUAAAGUAUCUAAAGAGUUCUUGAACUCCCGUGGAGGUGUAUAGGGAGCAAGUGGCCACAAACAAUACUGUUUUUGGUGUCACACCCCAUUAUUGGGUUUUUGGAGUUAUAACAAGGAAGGAGUAAUUCUUUUGGUUUGAAUCGAUGGAGAGGAACUUCAUUGCUAUGAGAAUUCAUGGUUCACCUAUUGGGUUUCAAAAUUUGUCGAUAUCGAGUUGGUUACACGGUUCGUCUCAAUUCCCGAACAAGUUUCGAAACACUCCUAGAUCGUUGUUCUUUCCCAUUCGACGAACUAGUUUCAAACCACAACUAGAAGAUCCCAGGUAUCCUUCCAACUCUAUUGGAAUUUCAAUGUCAAAAGGUCAACUCGGUCAUGAACUUAACAACGCAGUUCAAACUUCCCCAUAUGGAUAUAAAUUCGAACACCAAAAGACUCAAGAUCAUAUGGAAAAUCGAGUUCGUUCGAGUAGCAAGGAGAAGUUAAAGUAUUAUUCAUGGAUGUUACAUGAAUGUGCAUCAAAACGAUCUUUGAGUGUUGCAAAAGCCAUUCAUGGACUUAUCGUGAAAGAUGUAAUUAAUCCAGAUUCCCAUUUGUGGGUUUCGUUAGUGAACGUAUAUGCAAAGUGUAGAUACUCCGCAUACGCUCGGUUAGUACUUGCUAAAAUGCCUAAUCGUGAUGUCGUUUCUUGGACGGCGUUAAUUCAAGGUCUUGUAGCAGAAGGAUUUGCUAAUGAUAGUAUUUAUUUAUUUCAGGAGAUGCAAAAUGAAGGAAUCAUGCCUAAUGAGUUCACUCUAGCUACUGGAUUAAAAGCAUGUUCUUUGUGUAUGGCCUUAGAUCUUGGAAAGCAAAUGCAUGCUCAAGCUUUUAAACUUGGAUUAUUACUAGAUUUGUUUGUUGGAUCUGCACUUGUUGACCUUUAUGCUAAAUGUGGUGAUAUAGAACUUGCAUCUAGAAUGUUCAUUGGCAUGCCCGAGCAAAACGACGUGACAUGGAACGUGCUACUCAAUGGUUACGCUCAAAGGGGCGACGGGAUAGGAGUCUUGAAAUUGUUUUGUGGUAUGAUGAAAAUGGAUAUGAACUGUAGUAAGUUCACUUUAACUACUGUUCUUAAGGGUUGUGCAAACUCCAAGAACUUAAGACAUGGGCAGGUAAUCCAUUCGUUGAUUAUCAAAUUUGGGUAUGAAGGCGAUGAAUUCUUAGGCUGUGGUUUGGUUGAUAUGUACUCAAAGUGUGGGCUUGCCAUUGAUGCAUUAGAAGUGUUUAAGAACAUCAAAAAGCCUGAUAUGGUGGCUUGGAGUGCCAUGAUUACAUGCCUUGAUCAGCAAGGACAAAGCGAGGAAUCGAUUAAGUUGUUUCGGUUAAUGAGAUCGAGCGGUAUUGUCCCGAAUCAGUACACGAUUUGCAGCCUUAUAAGCGCUGCUACGAACACGGGAGACUUGCAAUAUGGCCGAAGCAUCCAUGCUUGUGCAUGGAAAUAUGAAUUUGAAACUGAUGUCUCUGUUACCAAUGCAUUGGUCACAAUGUACAUGAAAAAUGGAUGUGUUCAUGAGGGUGUUAGCUUGUUCGAAUCUAUGGUCGACCGAGAUUUGGUUUCGUGGAAUACGUAUUUAUCUGGGUUUCAUGAGCUCGGAAUGUACGAUCGUUCGGUAACCAUCUUUCAUGACAUGUUAGAGGAAGGUUUUAUCCCGAACAUGUAUACUUUCAUUAGUGUUUUAAGAUCAUGUUCUUGUGUUUUAGAUGCGCACUUUGGGAGGCAAGUGCAUAGUCAUAUAAUCAAAGCUCGUUUGGUUGAUAACGAUUUUGUUCAAACGGCUUUGAUCGAUAUGUAUGCAAAGUGUAUGCGUUUGGAAGACGCUGAUAUAGCUUUCAACAGGUUAAACGGUAGGGAUCUUUUUACUUGGACGGUUAUCAUUACGAAUCAUGCACAAGCGAACGAGGGAGAGAAGGCUCUUAAUUACUUUAGACAAAUGCAACGAGAAGGUGUAAAGCCGAACGAGUUCACGCUCGCUGGCUGUUUGAGCGGUUGCUCGUCUUUGGCGUCUCUAGAAGGUGGACAACAGCUUCAUGCCAUGGCUUUUAAGAGUGGACAUUCAAGUGAUAUGUUUGUUGGUAGUGCCCUUGUUGAUAUGUACACAAAAUGUGGCUGUAUGGAAGAAGCUGAGGCGCUAUUUGAAGGUUUGGUUUGGCGUGACACAGUGUCAUGGAACACCAUUAUAUGUGGCUAUGCACAAAAUGGGCAAGGCCAUAAAGCUCUCGAGGCCUUUAAGGUUAUGUUAGAUGAAGGCAUAUGGCCUGAUGAGGUGACCUUCAUAGGCAUUCUUUCAGCUUGUAGUCACCAAGGAUUAGUUCAAGAAGGGAAAGAACGUUUUAACUCGAUGUACCGAGAUUUCGGUAUUUCUCCUACGGUUGACCACUGUGCUUGUAUGGUCGAUAUUCUCGGGCGGGUCGGAAAAUUCGACGAGCUUGAAGAGUUCAUUCGAGAAAUGAAACUAUCACAACAUGCACUUAUUUGGGAGACUGUUCUUGGAGCUAGCAAAAUGCACGGCCAUUUAGAACUCGGUGAGAAAGCUGCUAACGAACUCUUUAAGCUUCAACCCGAGAAGGAGACGAAUUAUAUAUUACUCUCGAAUAUUUUUGCGAUAAAAGGAAGGUGGGACGAUGUCGAAAGAGUUCGAACUUUGAUGGCUCGUAAAGGUAUUAAAAAGGAGCCAGGGUGUAGCUGGGUUGAGGCUAAUGGUCAAGCUCAUACAUUUGUGGCUCAUGAUUGUUCACAUCCACAAAUUCAGGAAAUACAUGUAAAGCUAGAGGAGCUUGAUAGAGAAUUGACCUCUAUAGGUUAUGUGCCCGAAACUCGAUACGUGCUUCAUAACGUUGGAGAACCCGAAAAAAGGGAAAAUCUUCGAUAUCAUAGCGAAAGAUUGGCCGUUGCUUUUGCACUUAUAAGUACCAACACGAGGAAAAAAAUUCGUAUAUUGAAAAAUCUACGUAUUUGUGGAGAUUGUCAUGAUGUCAUGAAGCUUAUAUCGAGUAUCACAAAUCGGGAAAUAGUUGUUCGUGAUGUUCAUAGAUUUCACCAUUUUAAGAAUGGCGCUUGCUCGUGUAACGAUUUUUGGUGAUGUGGCUUCCCAUGGACAUUAUUGUUGAAUUGAUUUAUUGUUCUGUGACAGACAAAUCUACUACUGAGCAACUGUGAAGACAGUGUUGUUAUGUCACUUACAGACACGUAAAAUUCUGUGGUCAACGCAACGACAUGAUAGGCUACUCGAGAGAUGACUGCAAAAUGUCGACAUGACUGUCGUAAAAGGUAAAAUGAAACCUGUCUAAUUGGGAUGAGAAAUGGCCUUGUUCUUGAAUCUCGGACGGAUUUGGGUUCUCGUUACGACGAGGUCGUAAAUUUUUCGGGUUGUAUGGGACUUCACUACAGCAUAACUGCCAUCAGGCACGGACUCAACCUCUGCAGUUUAGUAUGAUGGUUCUUGUUUCCGGUUGCUAGCCUCGAGAAUCUUGUCGAACCACGAAGACUAAUGGCCGAUCCGAACGUCUAAUCCUCGCAAUCAAUAUACCUUAGGUAAUGAUAAUCUUGUAUUUUAUAACUAUUUAUGGUAGUUUCAAAAAAAUGUCUGCU